AUGACUUCGCAGGCUGCUGCUUUACAAUGCUAUAAUAACGAGCUUGUACAAUGUCUUGAAACGUUGAAAGGUAAAAGAGAUGACUUGCAAAAAUCUAUUCUUCAAGAAGAGUUGGAUAGGAAAAAAAUUGAGAGUGAAAUAAAAAUUUUAACUGAUAAACUUGGGGAGAUAAACCAAAAUUUGUCUAUAAAAAUACAAAAAAGAAAUGAAUUUGAUAAAACGAUAUUAGAAACGGAAACUGCUUAUUCUAAGAUUCUUGAAAGUUCACAAACACUUCUCAGAGUUUUGAAGCAAGAAACUUCAACUAAUGCAGAUCUUGCAUCACAGACCUCAACCGGUGUUUUGAAAAAAUUUUGA